CAGUCAUCCAGCAACCGCCCCGAUGCUAACGAGUAACGAUGAUCGAAGGUUGAGCAUGAUCAGUCAACUUUGUGCAGUAAAAAUCGCAACAAUCGACGUGCAUGAUGUGAAGCAGUUCUGGAGAAAUCUUGGCCAAUUACAGAGGUGACGACGUAGUAAAUGGCGGCAAAUAGAAUGAGAGUGAACCCAGAUUCCACCUACGUUGACCAGUUCAACAGAACACCUACUCUUUUGCAUUGAAAACAUCAAUGCUCGUGAAAGAUGGCGUUUGUAUGCGACAGUUCCUUGACGGCAAAGCUCACAGUUCACAGGAACAUUAACCGUGCAUGUCCCUGGUCUUGAGGAUUUCGAGAUUGCCUCAUGCUCCCCGCCUUUGUUGAUCCUGCAUUCGUGUAUGCCGUUGUGUUGAUACUUGCUGAUCCUGUUGCUUGGCGUCGAUUCUAUCAUGUGCUGGUGCACAGAAAUCUGCUUCUAGGACGGUGAACUAGAUUUCUGUAGUUGAUAGAGUACUUUUUCUUUUGAUGUUCGUGGAAGUCGGUGCAGAGAUUAAAUAACUUAUCGAACAGUGUAAACCAUUGCAUGGCCGGCGACGUUGUACCCUACUUUCGGUGAUCCGGUUAAAAAAUCUGCUGGCAGGCGGGGCCUGUCAAAGUCUGUCGACGUUUUGCGUGCAGGACUUGUUUAGGGUAUAUUUUGGAGAGGUUUUGGGGAUGUUAUUGGGGGAAGAGAGGGUCGCAGAGCUUCUGAAGGUGAGGUGGGGUUGCUGAGAAGAAUUGAUAGGAUUGUUGUGGACGUCCAUGGCCGGCCUCGGUGAUGUCGACUUUGAUAACCUGUUUAAGAUCCUCCUGAUUGGCAAUUCUGGCGUGGGGAAGAGUAGUUUGCUCCUUCGAUUCACAGCUGGCAAAUUCGAUGAUCUCUCGCCGACAAUUGGAGUGGAUUUCAAGGUGAAGAUGCUCAACCUCCAAGGGAAGCGUCUGAAGCUCACCAUCUGGGACACGGCGGGCCAGGAGAGGUUCCGAACAUUAACAAGUUCCUACUACAGAGGCGCUCAGGGUAUAAUCCUCGUCUACGACGUCACAAGACGGGCGACCUUCACGGAUUUGUCGGACGUAUGGUUGAAAGAAGUAGAUCGCUACUCCACGAACAAAGAUUGCAUUAUGAUGUUGGUAGGCAGCAAAGUGGAUCUGGAGGAGAGCGGGCGCGUGGUGACGAAGAAAGAAGGGAUCGCGUUUGCGAGGCAGCAUGGGUGCUUGUUUCUGGAGGCAAGUGCGAAGACGAGCAUCAAUGUCCAACGCUGCUUCGAUGAACUCGUGCAUAAGAUUAUAGACACUCCCAGUUUGACAGCCGACACCGGCAAAUUGAAGCCGACCAAUCUCUUGAGACCCGACAAGGCUUCGGAUCAAGGCACUUCCACACCGGGCGGCAUUUGCAGCUGUUGACAGAACUGGGGAGAGGUGGUUCCCGAGGGUGUGCUUCGACUGCCCUCUCCCCCAAAUUAAAUUUGCAGUUGUUCUUUGAUUCUUGCGUAGCUCAAAUGUUCAUACUUUAGGUCACAACUUAGAGAUAGUUCCUUAAUCAACUAACUGCAGCAUUAGCUUGAUCCUUAACACCUCGUAGAUUCAUUCAACAUCGAAAGCACUCUAUCGAGAUCUGUUGUUGAAUCAUGGCUUAGGGUUGUGGCCUCUCAAACUGAAAACAGAAUGUAAAAAGAGGCAACAACGGCAUCCUAUUUUCGGAACUUAAUUAAUUCGAUUGUACAUAUCUCGAUUACCUUGCACUGA